AUGGCAGCGCCCUCGUCGAAAAAACGGCUUGUCCACCAUCUCGACACGCCCUUCUCUACCUCGUCGUGGUGCAUGGCUGAUUUCUGCAGGCCUGUAAUCUCACUAGAUGAUCAAGACUCCAUCCUGGAACUUCUCUGCCAGUAUGCGUAUCCCCCCCUCCCUAUUGGGCAGCACCGCAGACUGCACAUCAAACCUUCCAAAGGAAAGAGAGCCGCCAGGCGAGAGAAGAAGACCAAGAUGCAGCUGGAUGAACCCUCAGGCUCCGUUAAGAUACAGCCUCCGCCAGUCCCAGAGCUCAGCGCCAGCGUGGACGUCGGCUUCAACUCCAUUACGGAGAAGCUCGGGUCGCUCACGCAGCCAUCCGACGGGACGGCUCACUCCGACAAGCGUUAUUCCAUGAUUUUUGUCGCCAGGGGCAGCCAGUCACCGGCCUUCAACCACCACUUCCCGCAGAUGGUCGCGGCUGCGUCCCGAUAUCUGCCGGACAAGGAGAAGAUACGGCUCGUCGGCUUCUCCAAGCCGUGUUCUGAGAGGCUUGGCAGCGUCCUUGGCAUACCGAGAGUCUCGUCGGUGGCUAUUUCGGCACAUGCGCCGGGGGCAGACGCCCUGUUUGCUCUUGUCCAAAACACGGUGAGCCCAGUUGAGUCGCCGUGGCUUGACGAGGCGGCUUGUGCAACGUACAAGCCAACUCGGAUCGGGUCCGUGGAAACAACAAUUGGAACCAAACGCGUGAAAUCAGAGAAGGAGUAG